AGAUAUCUUGUGGCAGUGUUAAUUUCUGUUAAAGCCAAUGGCUAAAUGGGGAGAAGGAGACCCGCGUUGGAUCGUCGAGGAGCGCCCUGACGCUACAAACGUAAAUAACUGGCAUUGGAAAGAAAAAGACGCUACGAUGUGGUCAAAGGAGAAACUGAAAGAACUGCUAUCUGAAUUGCAAUUCGGAGAUGAUGCUGGCAAUGCGUUGGAAGUAGAAGAAGUUAGCUUCGGAGACGAAUGUGAAGCGGUGAUAAACAAUCGAAAGCAAAAACUUAUCUUUCUUUAUGAGUUCAAUAUUACGCUGAAGUCUACGGGUUAUACGUCUGAAAAUGAUAAAAUCACAGGAAAAAUUGAGAUCCCGAAUUUAGAACAGCAAGAACCUAUUGAGGAUGUAAAUAUUGAUUUCAUUCAGGAAACUCCAAAAUCGACAAACUCUCAAUAUUACGACUUCUUCAAAAGCAAAGUACGACCCUUUAUUCGAGAGAAACUAAAGAUGUAUGUUACCAUGCUAACUAAAGAGUACUCAAAAGGCCUUGUCCUGCCGACUAAGGAAGCAAAAAUGACCGUCAAUAAACCUGCGGGAGAUAGUAAGAAGAGCACAAUCGAAAGCCAAAAAGCUGAUCAAAGCAAUGGCGUACAGACAGGAUUGAAAAUAUCAACAUUCAAAAUAGAGUUGAAAGAAACAUUUCAAGCAACGGCUCACGACAUCUUGGAAGCUUUUCUUGAUAAGCCACGCGUUGAGGCUUUUACUGGCACUGCUGCUCAAGUAGAUAGAAGCAAAGGGGGUGCAUUUGGUUUGUAUGGAAAAAAUAUAACUGGGUUCUUCGACGUAAUUGAAGAUAAGAAGCUGAAGAUGCGAUGGCGCAAGAGUAACUGGCCACCUGAGCACUACAGCAACGUGGAAAUUGCAUUGAACGAGAGGAGUGAACAAAAUGAGACCGAUUUGAAGUUGGUCCAGACGCUGAUUCCCUCCGACUUCUCGAACGAAAGCGAACUAACCAAUGGAUGGAAAAACAUGUACUUCCAGCCGAUGAAGCAAAGGCUGGCUCUUGGUUACCUACUCUAACGCUAGCUCCAUAAAUUGAUGCUAUCGACUUGCAGGAUCAUUAUGAAAUUGGAUCGAUGAAGUUAAAACCAAAACGGACUCAGAAACUAUCUGUUUCAAUAGUGUCCGAUUUGAUCGAUCAACUAACUGAUCAUUAAAUUAAUGUUACACGACAUGACUUAAAUGUAAUUUUGCUUGGACAAUUCAUUUUUCACAAUUCA